AUGAUUUCUUUCAGAGCAAUUCAGGGCUCCUUCACACUUACUAGGCACGGUCUUUUCCAGCCAAGAGGGCUCUCCAACAAGAAGAACCUGAUGGUGCUCUCAGUGUCCAAGUCAAGUGACUCCAAUUCAGAGGACUCCCAGUCCCAGCCACCAGAAGGUGAUGCUCGGAAACAGGAGCUGCUUGCAAGAAUUGCAAUGCUUCAAACCCAGAAAGUCCGCCUCACCGACUACUUAGACGAGCGAUCCGCCUAUUUAACGCAGUUCGCCGAAGAAGCCAACGCCGAGUUCGACCAGAUUGGAGAAGAUGCCCUCAAAGGACUUGAUGAAGCCAGUGCCAGGAUAAUGGAGAAUAUAGAGAGCCGGAUGCAAGCAUUCGAGGAGUCCGCAGAGUCGAACAAAGUUGAGAUUGAGAAGAAUGAGAAGAUGUUGGCAGAGUUCGAAGGUCAGAUUGACAAAGACCGGAAUGAAGGCCUGUUCUUCAAAAAUUUGAGGGAGACGAAGCCUGUUGAAAAAGCAAAAGCUAAGGAAAUAGAGAAGAUUAGGGAGCUCACAGUAGACAGUGCAGGAUCAAGGACUAGGAGGAAUAUUUACCUUGUGUUGAUCGGCUUGAUAGCUAUUGGCAUUGUUGAUUCCUUGCUAUCUCCCUCAGCUGGAUGGCAAAAGGUUGCGGUUCUUGGCGUCAUCUUGGUGGGUCUGGUAUCUCAACUCUUCUUCGAGCAGAGGUUAAUAGCAGAAACUGAAAGGAUAGAGAAGCAAAAGGGAGAGCAUGAGAAAGAGUGAAGCUCUUCCUGUCUAGUCUAGCUAUUUAAUUUUUCAUUAGCACAUUUCAGCACAUACAGAUAUAGCAUGAGACAUAACCCAAAAGUGUGAUCUUACCACUUAAGGAUAUACAUCAAGCCACUUUGUUUUCGCAUCGUCAUCCAUUCUAGGUGAUUAUUUCUUUAAUCACCAAAAUCGUAGUAAAGUGAUUACUGCAUUCGAUGUCUUUAAAAAUAUAUAUAAGAAAGAAUUAAACUUGAAUAUUACAA